GGUGUAAUGUUUGUUAAUACAUAUAAGGGAGAAUACUAAUCGCAAUGAUCAGUUCUUGGAGAAGAACAUAAGGAACUAAAAGCUUCGUGGGGCAUUGUUAUGGUUAAUGGAUGCAUUGGCAGAUCUAAUAGUAAGGAUGGCUACUUUUGUCUCUAUAAUGUGUUACCCAUAUGCCAAUGUACUCAUCCAAUAAUAGAAACCGUCUGUAUUUCAUUUUCAAAGAAAGUAAGUUUUUCUUUAACUCACAAUAUUACAACGAAAAAAUACAAGAGCAAAACGUGAUGUGAAAGUUGUUCAUGCAUGUAGUGUUCUGCUUCAGAGAUCCGACAAUGUUAAUUCGAGCAAUUUGAUGCUGCAGAGAUUAAUAUGCGAUGUUUUGAUACCUCGCAGCUUACUUAUAAAAUUUCCAUUAUUAUUUUUAUUAUUUUACAUCUCUCAUUUAUAAUAAUCUGAAUAUAAUCUGAAAUAUGUUAUCAUGUUCUGUUUAAGUUUUAAUAUCCAAGUUUUCUGAGUAAUUGUUAUAAUAACCAGUCGAAUAAAUAGUAAGCGAAAUAAUUUUCUUAUGUGUUGAGAGUCUUCAAGAUAAUUUGAGGGUAUUUAUAAGUCGUCAUUUGUUUGUUGCAGAUAGAAAACUAAAUAUUGUAGUCUGCCUACCUCAUGUGUAUAUUAAUAUUUAAUCGCUGGCAGUGAAGUUUACCAUCAUGUUCGGGCAACAUCUUUGGACCAUCAAUAUUAUAUAUAUUGCUUUUGGUAUAAUAAUUGUUGCAUAUGCAGCAAUUAUAUUGGCAGACAAUGUUCGACCACAAUCGGGGGCUUUCUAUGUUUACAAUCCUCUAGGUCAUAGUCAACCAAAUAAGCUGCGAAAGCUUUACUGGUAUUCGAUGGGACAACCGAUCUUAACUCCUAGGAAACAACGAAUGGCUAGCUUUCAGAUGAAGCAACGAUAUCAAAAUAUUCCGAUUAAAAUUACCUCAACCUUUACGAAUCCAGUGAGGAACACUUAUCGCAAUGCCUAUGAUGCCUCAAUAUCUGCAAGUGCAUUGAAGUCAUAUAUGAAUUCGGUCAGCUUACCAACGACGGCAUUACCAAAGAAUUCACCAAGAUUUCAGCCCAGCAACCCAUAUGAUGAGCCCACUUAUGAGGAUAACAAAAGUUGCGUAGAGAAGAAUAUUACAAUGGCGGCUCAGCACAGUGGAAUAACAGUGGCACAACAUCUGCGACCAGUGCAGAUUACUUCCGUGCCGUAUAACAUUCCCCCAAUCACUCCACUUCCAAUUGUACCUUAUGUAUCCCAUACCUACUUUACCCUUGAUGAUGUUGUCAUUCCCAGUUCUUCUGAGAACCUGCUCUAUUACAAGCCCGAAGAGAAGCAAAUAAUUCCCGAGGUUACACCGCCUCCCUUAACUACACAAAGAAGUAAAUCCGCUGAAAGUCCGUUAAUCGACAUCUUUAAUAUUUUUGGCAUUGAGCCAGAGGAGAAACCCAUAGAAGAAAAACCCCAAGAAUUAGUCAGGGAUUCAGAGAUAACCACAACAUCAUGGAUGCCAGUUACAAUGAAUAUCAUAAAAAAUGAAACCAAAAUGGACAUAAAACCUUUUAAGCCAAUGUCAUUAAGCCAAACUAUGGUUGAGAACGUAUUGAAUAUUGUAACCAACCAUAAAAAUUCAACCCUAAUACCAGAAAUUGAAACCGUCGCGAACUCAAGCAAAGAACUAUGUAAAGAUUGUUUGAAAGAUGAAAUAUUGACAACUUUGAGUCCCAUAUUGAAUGAGAUUGAAGACAAAAAGAUUGAGAAAACAAAAGAAAAGAAUCCAGUAAAAAAAUAUGAAAGACAUCGAUAAUCAAAGUAAUAGUUUAAGUAGUUUAAAAACCCUCACAUCCACAACAUUCAUCGGCUUGCUAACAUCGAAGUUGAAAAUUGCUCAAAAUCACAAGAAAUUCUCACCCAUCUCAUUAAAGAAAUACUCAACGACGACAGCUCCUCCAGUAUCUUCUACAACAAAAGCUGCUCUUCGAAAAUCCAGACGAACUAAAAACUAUUCGAGGCAAAGAAAAGUUGACGCCAAUUUAACCAGAUUGAAUAACUAUAAUCUGACGAAUGCCAAGUCAACUUAUUCAAAAAUAUUACGACCCACUUUAAAAGUAAAUCUUAAAGAUAUAGAUAAAGAUAAAAUACAAACUGUAAAUGUGACAGAUACAACAUCUUAUUCAAUUUCAACCCAAGCGCCAGUUAGGGAAUACCCCAAAAACUGUGAGAAAUACCCCAGCUCCAAGAAUGAUGAGUACUUCAACUUCUAGUGAAUCUCCGCCUUUGUCUGCGGAAUCUGCCAUUAUGACCAUAUCGAAUGCUAAUGGUAGACACCUCAGAGGAUCCAUGCCGACAUUCAGAAAGCGUUUAGCCGAAACACAUAAAAGAUUCGCUCCAACUACCGAUAUGCCUCAAUUGCCUAUUGAACUCUAUUUUAACAAACUCUCUAAAACUCAGUAGGCUACCAUACUUUGUUUGCAUAAAAACUAUCAUUAAAUUUAUUUAUAAUUAUUAUUGAAUAAAGGUGCAAAAUA